UUGUGCACACCAAAUUCAGCAAUCUUCUCAUAAAUGAAGCCUCCAAGCUAUUCAUGGAUCUCCCCAUUCUUUUCUUUUGUUCUUCUUUUAUCAUUUCAAGCUGUAACUUCAGCUGAUUCUCAUCAGAAUUUUCUUCAAUGCCUUUCCCUUCAUUCUGAAAAUAAUGGCACCUCCAAUAUUUCCCAAGUAAUUUACACUCCAAACAACUCUUCAUUCUCAUCCGUCCUGGAAUUUUCCAUCCGAAAUUUCAGAUUCUCAACUCCCACAACCCCAAAACCUCGAGUCAUUAUAACACCAUCACAAGUUUCCCACGUACAAGCAGCAAUCCUUUGCUCCCAAAAAUAUGGCCUCCAAAUCAGAAUCCGAAGUGGCGGCCAUGACUAUGAGGCUCUUUCUUAUGUUUCGAAUGUCCCUUUUGUGAUUCUCGACCUCAUAAACCUUAGCGAGAUCAGUAUUGAUGUCAAAAACAAAACAGCUUGGGUUCAAUCUGGUGCAACCAUUGGGCAACUUUACUAUAAAAUUUCUGAGAAAAGUAAAACUCUUGCUUUUCCUGCAGGAGUUUGCCCCACUGUUGGUGUUGGAGGGCAUUUUAGUGGCGGUGGUUAUGGUUUUCUGUUGCGCAAAUUUGGCCUGGCUGCUGAUAAUGUUGUUGAUGCGCUAAUAAUUGACGUAAAGGGACGAUUGCUCAAUCGAGAAUCGAUGGGGGAAGACCUAUUUUGGGCCAUUCGAGGAGGCGGCGGAGCCAGCUUUGGUGUCAUCCUGGCCUGGAAAAUAAACUUGGUGACAGUUCCAUCAACAGUAACAGUGUUCACAGUCCACCGGACCCUGGAACAAAACGCAACAAAGAUUGUUAACAAAUGGCAAUACGUUGCGGACAAACUUCCUGAGGAUUUAUAUGUCAGACUUUACUUAACGAGAUUGAAUUCCAGUUCAGGGAGGACAACAAUCCGAGUGACAUUUGAAUGUUUGUUUCUCGGCGGGGUUGAUUUUCUUGUUCCAUUAAUGCAGCAAAGCCUCCCGGAGCUCGGUUUGGUGAAAUCGGACUGCAAAGAAAUGAGCUGGAUCGAUUCGAUUCUCUACUUUGGAGGAUUCGAGGGAGAAUCCGUGGAUGUUCUGCAGAACAGGACUCCGACCAGCUUUGAUACUUUCAAGGCAAAAUCGGACUAUGUGAAGGAACCUAUUCCUGAGGCAGCUUUUGAAGGAAUAUAUGAAAGAUUUUAUGAGCAAGAAGCUGAGGGCGCGGUAAUGAUCUUGACUCCAUAUGGUGGGUUAAUGAAUAAGAUUUCGGAAUCCGAAACUCCAUUUCCACACAGAGCUGGAAACAUUUACAAGAUUCAGCACUUGGUGUCUUGGCAAGGAGGAGGAGCUGAAGCUACGGAAAGGCACAUAAACUGGAUCAGAAGGCUGUACAGUUACAUGGCUCCGUUUGUUUCCAGGAAUCCUAGAGCGGCCUACAUGAAUUACAGGGAUCUUGACAUUGGAACGAAUAAUAAUAAUGGAUAUACAAGCUUUAAACAAGCCAGUGUUUGGGGAUUUAAAUAUUUUAAGAACAAUUUCAACAGGCUGGUGCGAGUUAAGACUAUGGUUGAUCCUGGAAAUUUCUUUAUAAAUGAACAAAGUAUUCCACCACUUUAUUCAAGGAAGAAGAAAGGCGAUUAGAUGAAGAUCGAAUCAUUAGUAGAAAAAGUUCUUGAUUGCACGUAAUAUUUUUUCUUUUUCAAGUUUUAUAGGUUCAUGUAAACAGCUAUAUAACUCUCCGAUUUGUAAUGUCUUAUGUAUGAGUCUUCAUGCAUAAUCUAAUAAAUUUCAUCCUCUUUUUCUUCCA